UGUUACUGGACGGUGAAUGGGCCAUGUCCCGAAAACGGCGGCCCUGAGAAUGCCAGGGGCCUCAUAAAUGCAUCCUUGACCGGAAACAACAUCUCUUUGUUUAUGGAGCGAAGAGGCCCGACGCAAGGGGGUUGCGACAACCAGAUCGGUCGGCCAUACCAUCGUACAACCGUCAACAUCGUCAAUUUAUAGUAUGCCAACAAGUUACACCUCCUGGUGUCGACCGUGGUUCUGGCCAGGAAUCAACCAACAUGACUAUUACACCAGACUCGACUCCUCUCCCCAACGAUGCCAUCUUUCGGAAAUUGCUCCGCGUCGCGCAGGAGAAGCCGGACCCCAUCAUCCGCAAUGACCUGGUCCUCGGCCGGGACCUCUACGGGGAUCAGCUGUUGCGCGAUGUCCGCGACAUGCGGACCCGCCUGCAGCCCCUGCUGGCUGAGCAGGUGAGGGGCCCCGGUGGCAACCGCGACACCGACCACUACGUGGGAAUCCUGGCGCCUACCGGAUAUGAGCUCGUGGUCGCCGCGCUGGCCGGCCUCGCCCUGGGCGCGGCGUUUGUACCCAUCCGACCGGACGCUCCGCUGGACACGAUUCGCGCGGUCGUGCAGCGAUCCCCGAUCCAUGUGGUCUGUCUCUCGUCGCGAUACGCUCACCGCGCCGCCGCCAUCGGCCAGGCCGGCGGAGGCCUUGACCAUCCCGUGCGCACGCUCCUGAUCGGCAGCCAGAGUGCCAACGACCGCGAUCCCGCAGCCGUCGCUAGGGUCCACCUCGACGCGACCCUCGCCAUUCCCGAGACCCGGCCGGCGGCGGUCUACUUCACCUCGGGCUCCACCGGCCCUCCCAAGGGCGUUGUGCACAGCCGCCGCCUGUUCGCCCGCGACGUCGGCGGCCGGGGGCCAACGGGCACCUUCCUGUCCGCGCGCCCCGCCGACGGGGUUGGGGGCUCGUGCGUGCUGCUCCUGGCCAUCCUGCACGGGGUCACUUGUGAGAUCCUGGACUGGCAGGCGGGCCCCGACGUGUACUGGGCGCGGCUGCGGCAGGGCGGCGUCACCCACUUGACGAACCUGACGGAGGUGUGGGACCAGAUGGCCCGCUACUACCGUGAGCAUCUCCGGGGGGCUCCCGCCGCCGAUCGUGAAGCGUUCCUACAGGGGGCCCGGGGGCUGCACGUGGCGGCCGCCCAAGGCGGCUUGGCCGGCCCCGAGUUGGUCCGGUUUUGGGCGGAGGAGAUUGGGACGCCCCUCACGGUCAUGUACGGGAGCACCGAGAUGGGCGAUGCCUCGCUAAUCGCAACGCCGGGCGUGGCGCAGAGCUUGGAUCGCUGCAUCGGACUGCCGGUGCCCCCGCAGCACGUCAAAUUAAGUGAGGGAGACCAUGGGGAGAUCCUCGUCAAGGGACCGUGGCUUUUUGCCCGAUACCAGGCCGAUUCUAAGGCCACCGCCGCGGCCUUUGACGCCGAUGGGUACUACCGAACGGGCGAUGCGGCCCAUCUGGACGGGGGCCGAUACGUCUUCGAUGGUCGCCUGGCCACAGACCUCGUCCACCAGGGCGGUCAGACCUUUUCCGUUCUUGCGGUGGAAGGGGAAGUUCAGAAGCUCGACUACGUGUCCGAAGCCGUUGCGGUGCCCAUCCAGGAGCACCGCCAGGUGGGGGUGCUGGUGCGCUUCACCGGGCCUCACCGGGAUGCCAUCGGUCUGGCCCGGCUGCGUCACGAUCUCCAGUUGCGGGUCGAGUCCACUCGACUCCCCAUCGCGCUGCGCGUGUUACGGGACCAUGACAACAUGCCGCUGACCAAUGUGGGCAAGAUCGAUCGCGUCUCCAUCGCGGGACAAUUUUCCGGUCCGGAUACCUCGUCGGCGGAGUGGUGGGAAUGCCAUUAGACCCGUUUAUGUUUUGGGAGGCGGCUGGAGGAUCGUUAAUCCAUUGUGCUUAAGUUUGUCUGCUGUGUGCAUAUGCCAUCGAAGCUGUUUGAUUUGGACUAUCGUUGGUCCUACUUCGUCUCUCCCCCGGCCCUUGCCGGGAGGUUCUCCCCCUGCAUGUGCCGUCCACCGCUGAACCAGCACUAGGAGCUCUCGUCUCCGGCGGAGGAUAUCAUCCCCACAGCGAAAUCUUGCUCCCCUCCGCUGGGUCCAUUCCCCGACGGUCCUCCUCGAGGCUCUUGGUCGUAAGCCAUGCAAUGCU